AUGCUGCUGGAUACUGGUUCUGAGCUGUCGUUCGCUACAAGGGAGCUAGUCAAGAAGCUAAGCUUACCGAUUUCUCCAGCUGUGCUACCGGUGGUUGGUAUCAGUGGUUCAACCUCUGCCUCGAAUGGGUUCUCUCAAUUUUCUCUCAAGUCUCUGCACUUCAGCAAUCAGCUUCUUGUUAAGGCCUACGUUUUCCAUAGCCUCACUUCGUCGUUGCCGUCGUUCUCCGCCUCUCAACCUCACCAUUGGGAGCAUCUCCGAGGUUUGCAGCUAGCGGAUCCACACUAUCUGACGUCAAGACCCGUCGAUCUUCUCGUUGGCGCAGAUUUCUUGGGAUCGAUAGUGGAGCCGCAGAUCAUCAAGGGGCCAUCCGAUUCUCCUAUUGCGAUGCUGACUCUCUUCGGGUGGGUGGUGCUCGGGCCUACCUCUGCAGUGACGUCGGCGGCGAGCUUCCAUCACGUCUCUGUCAGCAACGAGGAACUUAGCGAGCUUUUCACCUCGUUCUGGCAGCAGGAGGAGGUAUCUGCGGCGGAGGGCAAGGACGUCGCUCUCACGAAGAAAGAGGCAGAGUGUGAGGAGUUCUUCCAGCGCACCCAUACUCGAGAUCGCUCGGGGCGCUAUAUUGUUCGUCUGCCUCUCGUUCGCUCUCCCGCAGAGCUCGGGGAUUCUCUAGGCUGCACGAGGGCGUGCCUCGCGAGCCUGCUUAGGAAGUUGGAGAAAAAUCAAGGAUUUCUGCAGCUUUAUUGUGAAUUUCUCAAGGAGUACGAAGAGUUGGGGCAUGGUGUGUGUUCCGGCUGUACCUGUCUCAUGCGACUCUCGGAUCUUGGACCGUCAACCUGGCGAGAUGACCUUGGCACAUGGGGCUUCGGCCUCAGGAGGGUUGAGGGUCUCCGAGGGCGGGCGGUCAUACCAGGAUUCCGGUCAGAUGAAACUACGAAGCUGAGGGUAGUGUUUAAUGGUUCCAGUAAGAGUAGCUCCGGAGUGUCUCUCAACGACAUCCAGCAUACUGGGGCCAAGCUGCAACGCAACAUCUCUGAUGUACUGCUCUGGUCUCGACAGAGCAGGUACAUCUUUAUGACGGACAUCACGAAGAUGUUCCGUCAGAUCAAGGUGCAUCGGGAGGACUGGCCUCUCCAACAGAUUUUGUGGCGUGAUUCUCGGGGCCACAUCUGCACCUAUCAGCUCACCACCGUCACCUACGGCACCAAGUCUGCUCCAUUCCUCGCCUGUAGGGUUCUCGAUCAGCUGGUCAAGGACGAAGGGCAUCGGUUCCCUCUAGCCGUUUCCCCCUUGAGCAGCGGAAGACAUGUGGACGACCUCUGUGGUGGAGCUGACGAGGAGGACGAUCUCCAUUUCGUAGCUCAGCAAGUGGCAGAGCUCUGCUGGGCUGGGGGAUUCCCUCUAGCGAAGUGGCACUCGAACAGUCCGUCUCUACUUCGUGCUCUGACGCCGGGAGGGUUCUCUCAGAGUCCGAAGCCGCUAGAGGACUCGACCACCAAGAUUCUCGGGUUGAAAUGGGAUACAACCGACGAUCGAUUGGGGUUCUCCAUCGAGCUCUCAGUCGGCGUGAAGCCAUCGAAGAGGAUUGUGCUGUCGGAGAUUGCGCAGCUCUUCGACUCUCUAGGGCUGCUCUCACUGGUGGUGAUUCGUGCCAAGGCUCUUCUGCAGCAACUGUGGCUGGAGAAAUGGGACUGGGACGAGGAGUUGCCGGGGCAUCUGGUCCAGAAGUGGGUUCGGUUCCGGGAAGAACUGUCCCAGGUGGAUCAACUCUCGAUCCCGCGGUGGAUGGGAUGUAGGAAGGAUUCUCGGGUGGAGAUCCAUGGAUUCUCUGAUGCGUCCCUACUAGCGAUGUCGGCGGUGGUCUAUUUGAAGGUGACGAGUGCGGAUGGUGUCAGCAUCUCCUUAGCUGUCGCUAAGACUAAGGUGGCUCCUCUCAAGAAGCUCACCAUCCCGCGUCUGGAGCUCAACGCCGCGGUCAUCCUAGCUAAGCUCACAAGGUAUGUGAUUGAGCAGCUCAACCUUGAUGGUGCUCCGGUCCAUUUAUGGACGGACUCCGCUGUUGCUCUGGCGUGGAUUUGCGCUCAUCCUUCCAGGUGGAAGGAAUAUGUCCACAACAGAGUAACCGUCGUUCAGGAGCUGAUGCAAGAAGCCAAUUGGAGAUACGUCAGUGGGAAGGAGAAUCCGUCUGAUUGUGCAUCUCGGGGCAUCUCGGUGGCGCAACUUAAUGGCCAUCAUCUGUGGUGGACGGGCCCAAAAUGGCUACGGAAGGAGGCGUCUCAGUGGCCAAGUGGGAGAGCAACGUUGGACCCGGCUAGAGAUUUAGAGGAGAAGCCGAGGGUGACUCUAGCCGCUUCCCUCGGAAGAGCAAGUCUCUGGGAUCUCUGUUCGCGGUAUUCCUCUCUCUACAAGUUGCUGAGGAUCACAGCAAUUUGCCAAACGGUUGUGGGGAAUAUGCUGCGGAAGCUGGAAAGGAAGAGGGGCAUCAUCGUUCCAGCAGGGUUCAGCCCUGGAAGCAUUGAGGCAGCUCGGCUUUAUUGGGUCAAGGCGACUCAAGCCUAUCAUCUCCAAGCCGAGUGUGACAUCAUCUCUCACGGAUUGCAGUUGAAGAAGUCUCAUCCGUUGACCAAGCUCACCGCCUUCAUUGACCAACAGGGGGUUCUCAGAGUCGGCGGGCGGUUAAAGUUCUCUACUCUAGGACCAGAGAGUAGGCAUCAGGCCAUCAUCCCUCAAGGCUUAGUGCUCCCAGAGCUCAUCAUCAGGGACUCUCAUCAGCGGACGCUGCACGGUGGGACUCAGCUCACCUUGGCACCUCUCCGGAGGUCUUACUGGAUUAUUGGGGGUCGUCUACCAGUAAGAUCCUUCAUCCUCAAGUGCGUGGAGUGCGCACGUCAUCGGGGGAUCCGCGCUCAGCAGCUGAUGGGUCAGCUUCCGGUGGCACGUCUGGUGUCGGAUCGUGCUUUCUCCAACACUGGUGUGGAUUAUGCCGGACCAGUGUCUAUCAAGACUUGGAGGGGACGUGGUCACAAGACCCAGAAGGGUUGGUUGGUGAUUUUCGUGUGCAUGGCCACGUCCGCUCUCCAUCUGGGAGCUGGCACGGACUACACCGCUGAUGGGUUCAUCGCCGCCUACCGAAGGUUCGUGAGUCGUCGGGGAUACUGCAGACACUUGUACAGUGACUGUGGGACCAACUUAAUCGGGGCGGAUAAGGAGCUGAAGAAGUUGUUCUCCGCUGGAGCUAAGGAGUUCCAGCAUCUCCCUGCAGUAUGUCUCAAGGAUGGAACGUGUUGGACCUUCAAUCCCCCUGGAGCCCCUCAUUUCGGGGGAAAAUGGGAAGCAGCGGGCAAAUCGGUGACACACCAUCUCGCUCGAACGGUUCGAGUUACGGCUCUCACGUUCGAGGAGCUCUCUACGCUGCUGUCCCAGAUUGAAGCCGUCCUCAACUCCAGGCCUCUACAAUCGCUCGCGAAAGAUCCUGACGAUGUGUCCUGCCUCACCCGGGGCACUUCCUCAUUGGAGAAGCUCCAAUAG